AUGAAGCGACAAGUCGGCGUACAGCGGCUGAGAUCCGCAAGACCCACCACAAUUCACGAUUGCGCUCUCUCCGGAGAUCUCAUUUCUUUGCAGAAGCUUCUCAAAGAUAACCCUUCUCUUCUCAACGAACGCAAUCCCGUCAUGUACCACACGCCACUUCAUGUAUCUGCUGGUAAUGGCAAUGUUGAUAUUGUCAAGUAUCUCUUAGAUUGGCCUGGAUCCGAUAAAGUUGAGUUGGAAGCCAUGAACACUGUAAGCCAAGCCCCUCCUUGUUCUCUCUUUUUUUUUUUUUUUUUUUUCUCUUCAGAGAACGGUAUGACACCAUUGCAUCUUGCGGUUUGGUAUUCGAUUACCUCGAAAGACAUCUCAACUGUUAAGACAUUGCUCGACAAUAACGCGGAUUGUAGUGCAAAAGAUAAUGAAGGGAUGACUCCUUUGGACCACCUGCCACAUGGACAGGGCAGCGAGAAGUUGCGUGAAUUGUUGCGUUGGUUUCUCCAAGAGCAGAGGAAAAGAAGCGCCCUAGAGGCGUGUGGUAAGACCAAAGCCAAGAUGGAUCUACUUGAGGAAGAGUUGUCCAAUAUUGUCGGAUUAAACGAGCUGAAGACGCAACUGAGGAAAUGGGCUAAAGGAAUGCUUUUGGAUGAGAGGCGUAGGGCUCUUGGGAUGAACAUUGGAACUCGAAGGCCUCCUCAUAUGGCGUUUCUUGGAAACCCUGGGACAGGUAAAACCAUGGUUGCUCGAGUUCUCGGGAAGUUGCUUCACACGGUUGGAAUCUUACCAACCGAUAAGGUAACAGAAGUUCAGCGUACAGAUUUGGUUGGUGAGUUUGUUGGUCAUACAGGGCCAAAGACCAGGAGAAAGAUCCAAGAAGCUGAGGGAGGAAUCCUCUUUGUGGAUGAAGCAUACAGGUUGAUCCCAAUGCAAAAGGCAGACGACAAGGACUACGGUCUAGAAGCCCUGGAAGAAAUAAUGUCGGUCAUGGACACGGGGAAAAUCGUGGUGAUAUUCGCGGGAUACAGCGAGCCAAUGAAGCGUGUGAUUGCAUCUAACGAAGGGUUUUGCAGAAGGGUCACAAAGUUUUUCAAUUUCAGCGACUUCAGUGCAAAGGAACUGGCGCAGAUACUUCACAUCAAGAUGAACAGCCAGGGAGAGGACACUCUGUUCUAUGGUUUCAAGUUGCAUGAGUCGUGCACUCUGCAGGAGAUAGCUUCAGUGAUUGAGAGGGAAACAACGGAGAAGAAGAGGAAGGAGAUGAACGGAGGGUUGGUUGACACGUUGCUGGUUAACGCAAGGGAGAAUCUCGAUCUCCGACUUAGCUUUGAGUGUGUUGACACUGAAGAGAUUUGUACCAUCAGGUUGGAAGAUUUAGAGGCUGGUCUUCGUGUUUUCUCUCAGUGA